AUGAAGUCAACUGUAUCUGCAAAUGAAACAGGAAUUGAGGAAAGAAUUCAAGAAGAGGAAGAAGAAAUGAAAAGACUGGGAGAAAAGGGAGAAACGACAUAUAUGGAAGCUUCAGUAUCACCAUCAGCUGGCACUGGGCUGCCUGGUCUUGGUCUAUCGAUGACACCCUUCUCUAUACCUGAAUCUUCAGUGUCGAUGAAGUCAACUGUAUCUGCAAAUGAAACAGGCAUUGAAGGAAGAAUUCAAGAAGAGGAAGAAGAACAGGAAUACAAAAAUUGGGCGAAAAAGGAGAAACGACAUAUAUGGAAGCUUCAGUAUCACCAUCAGCUGGCACUGGGCUGCCUGGUCUUGGUCUAUCGAUGA